CAUAUCAGUGUGACAGCAGACAGGAUCAAACAGAUUAUUGUGUGGAAUUCGCUGGGACAUAUCGAGCUUAGCGAUUCGUCUUAAAUUUAGUUACAAUAAAGUGAAAUAACAUUAUCCACGGCGCACUAAACGUAUUUCUGUUUUCUUUAUUCAUUGGCUUUAAAACAAAAUUUUAAGUGUAUAAAAAUUUGUAGCGACACGGUUGUCCCAUCAGCUUUCACAUUAGAAUAUCAUUACUAUCGUUCUAUGGGAUUAUUUCCACAGAAAUCAACGGUCAACAGUAGAAGAUAUUUGUUUUCGAUUUACCCAGUAGUGUUAAAUGUUUACGUUAUCAAGCAUUCGCGGUGUUCUAUGUUUAUGUCUGGCUAGAGUAGAAUCAAUAUUGUAUUAGAACGUUAACCUAUUGUUGUGAAAUGAGUGUGCAUAUUUAGUGUACCAUUGAGUUAUGAGCACCUAAUGGAAGAUUAGUAUCGCCACCGCAGCUCAGGAAUUUAAUACCAAAAACCAUGGGGAGGUUCUCAGGGAAAAAGUGCCGACUAUUGUCGAUGCUAUGGCUGACAGGCAGCUUCUUCUUUGUGGAGCUGAUCGUUGGGUACAUCACCAACUCAAUGGCCCUUGUCGCCGACUCAUUUCACAUGUUGAGCGAUGUUGCUGCACUUGUUAUCGCAUUUUUAUCAGUUAAGAUGUCGCCAAAGAAAUGGUCAAAGAAUACAUUCGGGUGGGCCCGCGCCGAAGUACUAGGUGCACUCGUGAACGCAGUGUUCCUCGUGGCGCUAUGCUUCAGCAUAACCGUGGAGGCUGUGAAGAGAUUCAUUGAAAUCGAGAUGAUACACGAUGCGAGGCUGCUGGUCGCCGUCGGAACCCUCGGGUUGCUGCUCAAUAUUGUUGGACUGUUUCUGUUCCAUGACCACGGCGGCGGUCACGGCCAUUCUCACGGCGGGGUCCCACCACCCGCGAACGUGAGGCACCUCACUGAAAUAGUCAAUAGCAACGCUGACAUGGCCCUAGGCCACAACGCCACAGAUACCGAAGAGACUGACGAGAUGGUCCCGCCAAAACCGGACAAAGUACCAAAUAAUAAGAAGCAGACGCCAUGCAGAGCGGCGCAUGAUCCCGGACAUAUGAAUAUGAAGGGCGUGUUCUUGCAUAUACUUUCUGAUGCUUUAGGAUCCCUUAUCGUAGUAGGAUCAGCUCUAGUAGUCUGGCUGACUGACUGGGAGUACAAGUACUACAUCGAUCCCGCGCUCAGUAUAGUGUUAGUGAUCUUGAUACUAGCGUCCGUGUGGCCGCUGCUGAGGGAGUCCUCGUUAAUUUUACUGCAAACUGUGCCAACUCAUAUUCAGGUGGAUGCGAUACAACGGCGGUUGUUGGAAAAGGUUGACGGCGUUCUGGCCGUCCAUGAGUUUCAUGUGUGGCAGCUGGCUGGAGACAGAAUCAUCGCCAGCGCUCAUAUUAGGUGUAGAAAUCUAUCGGAGUACAUGAAGAUUGCUGAGAAGGUGAAAGAGUUCUUCCACAAUGAGGGCAUCCAUUCUACCACCAUACAGCCAGAGUUCGUUGAGCUGCCUUUAGGUGGAAACGAGAUAAUAAGCGGUGCCUCAGCCGAAGCACCGUGCGCCCUCCACUGUCCACCGAACGACCUGUGUCACAACGCGACGUGUUGUGGGCCCAACCAACAGGAGCAAAGCACGCCUUCCCCCACAGUAACGCCGUACCUGUGCCGACAGAGAACCAUGGGAUCUCGCACCGAAUCCAUGUGUUCUACCAAUGGUGCCGCCGCCCCCGGCCGCCAAACCACCACGUGGAACCUAGAAGCUUUAGAGUGCGGUUCCCUGCUCCCGUCGCCAAUGCUGGACGGGCGGCUUGCGGUGUGACACCCGGCCGGGCCCGAUCGCGCUGUCUAACGCCGUCACUUUCACUACACAUUAGCUGUGAAAUUAGUUCCAUUGUUACUAAAAAAAACAUCUCGAACAUUAUAGGCAAAUCAUUAAUUUCUUACACUUCAUCAUCUAAUAUACGAAUCAUCUCAUUUACUGCUGUUGUAACUAAAAUUCAAUUCGAUAAAUCUCGAUACAUCUUAGGUAACGUCACUAGUGUUACGACGAUUCGUAUUAUUCAAAUAAGUACUUACCUUUACUAAAUUGUUCCAUGAAUUAUUCGGUUAAUUCCUUAGUAUAAUAAAAAGUUUAAAAUUAUAUAGUUAGGGUUCAUUUAUGCUUUACGGUUAUUAAAAAUACAAUAGUGAUAUGUUUCAAAAAUAUUAAUUAAUGAAUUUAGACAUACCUUGAACCCUCUAUAUUGUACUGAUAGCAUUAUUAAAUCGCGUCGAAAAUUAUAAAAUAUUAUAAAAUCACGUUAAUUAGAGUAGGUAAGCAAAAGUUACGUCAAGUUUAUUUAGAGAUUAAUGUUAUAUUAAGAGGUAUUUCACAACUAAUAUGUAGGUGUGAGUUGUUUAUACCAAAACAAUGUUGUUGAAUGCUUUGCAAUGUGAGCUAUAGAAGAUAAUUUAUGUUGUAAGAAUAAUUUAUGUCACCAAGACGACAGUAAAGUAUGUAAAUUGUGCAUCGUAGCAACACAGCAGUUAUAUUGGUACCUACCUGUUAAUAGUGAGAUAGAAGUAAUUCCAACAUUAUUUUACAAAAUUAAUGAGUCUUUGUGAUAAUAAAGGCUCCACAAUAAUUCACAUAUUCUAUGUAAAAUGCUACGAUGUAAAAUAUAAUUUAUUUAUAAUGUAUCAAAAUAUGAACUUUAUAAAAUGCACGUCUCAACAAAUGCACCGUAGCAGUUUUUGAUAAAUUUUCCAACGAUUCAUCCAUGAAGUACAAUAUGCAUAUUAGGUAUAUUUUUUUAGCUCAAAAUAUUAUUUUCUUGGCAUUAUUUUUGUUAUUCAAUUAUUUUGUAAGCUAUAGGAAAUUUACGAGGACAACGGGGUCAUUGAACUGAUAGAAAUCUUACACGUGGCUGACGCAACACAAUGGGUGUCGCACAAUCUUAUCUGUAUAUAAAUAUACAUGUAUGCAUUUGAUAAUUAUGUAAAGUAUUCCUCGAUAGUAUCAAAGGCAAAGCAAUUAAAUAUUCCUGUGUCAAAGUAUUUACAAACUGAUCCAAGUAUAAAAAAGUUCAAUUAAGUUUCCUGUAGCUUUGUACAGGGGUGAUUUUUUUUUAAUUAUAUAGACAAUUUUGAUUGUAAUUAGAAAUGGUGAAACGUAAUAUAAACCUUCAUUUGGGACGUUUAGAAAAUUAUUUUAGUGGUAGACUUGCAUCUAUCCUUCUUUGCUGUAAGAAAAGUGUUAUUAUUACUUAAAAAUGUGAUGUAAUUUUGUAGUUGUAAGUAGUAAUAGCCGGUUUAGGCUCGCAUUUCAUAGUUGAUGACAUUAGAGCAUUUCGCGGGUAACUUUGCAAUAAUAAUCUAGUUAGAUAAAUCACAGUUAGCAAAAAUAGUUAUUGCACUUACGCCCUGAAAUUGUCUGUUCGAAUGACUUUUACAUUUAUUAGAGUAACAUUAUUCUAUCUAUAUCUUCAUUAUUAUGCGGAGUUAGUCAAUAAGUUUUUUAAGAAAAUUGAUAAAGGAUUUAAACUUAAAACUUUGUUUAAUAUAAACUCUGAUAAAAUCGAAUUAAAAACAGUUUCCAUUAGAACUUCCAGCCAUUUAUACAUUAUACACACAUGUUCAAAGAUGUACCUACUGUUGCAUUUUUAUAGUUGUUAUUACAAACUUAUUCCAAAAUGGUACCUUCCAUAGGUAUGGUCGCUACAUCCAUAUUUGAUCUUCCUUCAAAUAAUGUAAGAUGUAUUGUUAUAUUUUAAAUCUGCCUUUACAUAAAUAUUGCUUCGAAAAGCUAGAUGCUCUCAAAAGGUCAAUAUAACCAAAUAAAAUAUAUGAAGAAUAGUCCAAUAGAAUCUGAUUGGCCAUCUAAUACUCCGUAUGAAAUGUCACAAACCGAAAAUUAUAAACCGAUUAUCUGAAAAUAAGGCGUCGAGAAAGGACCUCUUUGAUCCCAUGAAAGCGAUGAAAAAUUAAAAAACUGCUGUAGAAUUUAUCGCAAUGCCCCAAACUCAAAUCAAUAUUGCAAUUUUAAAGAAACUGCCAUUUUAUAAAUCUCAAUACUGAAUGAAAUGUUCUACAUGUUUGUAUUUGUUUUACUAAAAAUGUGUUUAUUUUGUGUUAUCCAGAACUAUUUUAUGGACACCUACAGGACAUAACUAAAUGAAUUAUGAUUAUUUUGAAAACUGAAAAUGUUGAGACAUAAAACGAAUGUUAAAAAAGUUGUGAAUGAGUUUUCACAAUUAAUAAAAAUAUGUAUUAAAACAA